CACAAGAGUCACUUUCUAGAUAGCAAUCAGGAACAGCCCUUCUACACAUACAAUCAAUCAUGACCAGGUCUAUCCGCGAAGCAGCAGAUCUUCCAAAGCACAGUGACGGCAAGGGUCACAUCUUGGACCCUCAUGUGACCCAGAAGAAGCAGGGAUCCGGCUCUGGCAAUUGGGGACGACCUGAAGAUGACAUUACAGACCUGCAAGAGUUUUCCAUGCUCAAGACACGACGUCGCUCCAACUCGCAGUCUCAGAAUUCUGAGCGAGAAAAGAUGGCCACCAAGUUUGAGAAGGAGGACUUUGAGGAUGAGGUCUUUCACUAGACGGCACAACAAGCAGCAUUUCAUGUCCAUCGCGCUGAGCUGCUAUGAUUAUCACGA